CCCUCUGCAGAGACGGUGAAGGAGGUCAUCCAGUUCUCCAAGGACACGCUGGAGAAGAUCAGCAAGGCCCGCAUGGAGGGACUUUACCAUGAAGUCGUGAAGCUGUGUCGUGAGUGCCUGAAGAAACAGGAGCCUGUGCUGGGGGACACGAACAUCUACCUCCUGAGGAUCCUCAGCAUUGCCUCCGAGGUGCUCUCUUACCUCCAGAUGUUUGAGGAAGCAGCUGACUACGCCAAGAGAAUGGUGGAUGGCUACCUGAAAAUAUACCAUCCCAACAACGCGCAGCUGGGGAUGGCCGUGAUGCGGGCAGGAGUGACUCACUGGCAUGCUGGUCUCAUUGAAGCCGGCCAUGGCUUGAUCUGUAAAGCCUAUGCCAUUCUCCUGAUAACCCAUGGACCUUCCCACCCAAUUACCAAAGACCUGGAGGUCAUGCGUGUCCAGACGGAGAUGGAGCUGCGCAUGUUCCAGCAGAAUGAGUUCAUGUAUUACAAGAUGAGGGAAGCUGCCCUCAAAAACCAAAAGAUUCAAGUCAUGCCUGAACCCAGCAACGAGGCCUCACCAAGCCUCUUCCACAAGAAGGAAUAA